CUUGUUUUAAAAGUUUUCACCUUAAAAAUUCUUUAUAGAAAACAGGUCAAGUAUAUCAAAUCUUCUACUUCCUCUUUGUGAUAAGACGGAUUCAAACAGUUAAAAGUAAACAAAUAUAUCAUUGAUAGAAACAAAGAUGGUGGACAAAGCAACAACUAUCACCCUUGCUGUUGUGAUUCCAUUGGUUGUCAUUGUUGUUGUUGUCGUCAUAGUGUAUCUGUCCAGAAAAUACAUUAAAUUUUACAGGUUUCGAAAGAAAAAGAAUUUCCAGGAAGUUAGUUUUAGAGAUAAUCCGGUAAUGACUGGUAAACUACCUGAUACACCUCGAAAUUCUGCGAUAGUCGAUGUUGAGUUAGGCAACCACAAUGACAGCUACGUAACCUCAGACAUGACGGAUAAUGAAAACGAGACUUCUUUUACAUGCAAGAUCCAACCAGAAACCCAAUCAGCGGGGAUGCAUAUUGAACGUGUUGUUUACGAUACAAUGAGUGUUAACCAAGAGGAAGAUUGUGCAAAAACUGUUAACGGAAGUGAGAAUGUUGACAAAAGUGUUAACGAUAGAACGGAUGAACAAGAAUUAAUUGCCGAUAAAUGUUGUAGCGAAAAAGAGACAGCAGAAGAAACCAAAGAUGAAAAAACUAUUUCCGAUGAAAAGAAAAACCAAGAAUCUACUUCUAAGCAGUACAUUGUUGACGAUGAAUUGUCUUGUCAACAAGUUGAUGCUAAACAAACUGUCAACGAUGACGUCUGUGAUGAACAAGAUAAUGUGGAAAUAAGUGCAAGUGAUGAAGACUUAGUGUCUUGUGAAAACGUAAAUACUGAAAUAGACAGUAACGAUGAUGUUUCUGGUCAACAAGUUAGUUCUAAACAACCUGUUAACGAUGAUUUGUCUGGUCAACAAGUUAAUGCCACAAUAACUGUUAACACUGACGUGUCUGGUCAAGAAGGUAAUUCUAAACAACCUGUUAACGAUGAUAUGUCUGGUCAACAAAUUGAUUCUAAACAACAUGUUAACGAUGGCGUGUCUGCUCAAAAGGUUAUUGCUACACAACCUGUUAACGAUGCUAUGUCUGGUCAACAAGGUAGUUCUAAACCUGUUAACGAUGAAGUGUCUGGUCAACAAGUCAAUUCUAAACAAUCUGAUAAAGAUGACGUGUCUGCUGAACAAGUCAUUUCAAAACAAGCUUUUAACGAUGAAGUGUCUGUUCAACAAGAUAAGUUAGAGCAGACAGCUAACAAUGAAGCCUCCAAGAAUACUUCUAACAUUGAACACACAGUGUCGAACAAUAUUCUGCUUAAAAAAUCAGAAAGUGAUCAAGGACAAAUUUCUAGUAAAGACAACACAGCGCUAUCACAUGAUCACAAGAUAGACAAAACAAUCGAGAAAGCCUUAGAAAAUCAAGAUAAUGAAAUAACUGAUGACAAAUUACCCGCUUCAGAAGACGAUGCAGUUGUGACUGCCCCAACGUACUAUAUUGACGAUAAAAAUAUGCAUGACAUUCCGUUGUAGCAACGUGUUCAUUGAAAAUCAUUAAAAGGAUGAGUCUUGAAGAAUAUUAAAAAAAAUAAUGCCAGUAUUAUUUUAAUCCCGAUAAGGCACCAUACACGUCAGCAGCAGUCUAGAUAUUUCUCAUCAUUACCUUUUCUCAUAUAUAGACUAUU